AGAAUAUCGCCAUUUUGUAUCAAAGAAGACUUUUUUCCUUCCUCGUCUUGUUAAGAUUUCUUUAUUUAGCUUCCUUCUUGAUUCUUUACUUGGUUGAAGUUCAGGUUCUUCACCUACUAAAGCGUUCGUUUACUUCCCCUAUUGGUUUCAAAGGAGUAUUUUCACUCUUUCUGCUAUAAAUUUGACAUUAAGAGAGGAUGUCGUACCUCUUGUCCCAUCUAGAGAACGGUUGGCAAGUUGAUCAAGCAAUCUUAUCCGAGGAGGACCGUGUGGUAAUCAUUCGAUUUGGACACGACUGGGAUCCUGCCUGCAUGAAGAUGGACGAAGUACUUUAUUCAGUUGCCGAUCGAGUCAAGAAUUUCGCUGCCAUCUACCUGGUAGACAUAAGCAAAGUCCCUGACUUUAACAAAAUGUAUGAACUCUACGAUCCUUGUACGAUCAUGUUCUUCUAUCGAAACAAGCACAUUAUGAUUGAUUUGGGAACAGGUAACAAUAAUAAAAUCAACUGGCCGUUGGAUGACAAGCAGGAGAUGAUAGAUAUUGUUGAGACGGUCUAUAGAGGUGCGAGGAAAGGACGUGGCUUGGUGGUGUCUCCUAAAGAUUAUUCCACGAAAUACCGAUACUGAAAAUAAUAUACAGAUUAUAGAUGUAAUUCUUCCUUUCAAGUUGUUGCUCCUUAUUCAUUUCUUUCAAUUUUGAGUGCUAAGUAAGAUAUCGUACAUUUGUAUAUCGUUUUACAUGCAUGUAAGUGAAUCGUAGAKUAUUUGUUCUUCUCAUUUUCAUUUCUAUACACACUCUAUGGUGAUUUUUAUAAUCCCCCACGCACUAACAACAACACAAUUGUAGUUUAGGGACUAGUUUCGUCCGUUUAUUAGGACCUUUUCAACCUAACUGAAUCUAAUUAAUUCUCAUUUUGUUCUGUUCUUGUCUUUGAAAUCACUGUAAAUGUAUAUUUAUCACAAAAGAUACACAAGUCAAAGUGUAAAAGCUUUAAUAAAAUACUUGAUUUUAUGCCUCA